AUGGCGACCAAUCCCUUAGAAUCCAGCAGCUGGGCGAAUAUGCCUCCCUCGACUGCUUCGUUCUGCUCAAUCCUCAUUCGCAACGUCAUACAGAAGGGUCCUCAAGUUACAGGGCGAUUAUCACAGCACGAACCAAACCUUAUGCGACCAGCUGGACGCGACUUCUGCAAGCUCCCCUGGGAGUUCGUGGAGCAGUUCGCCCAUAAAUGCCAAGGGCCACCAGUUUCUGGAACGGGAGCCCAUCAUCCUUACGGGGAUAGACUCAGUACAGGAGAUUUCGAAUUCGUGGUAGUCAUUGUGUGGAUCCUCGCAAUCAUGGUUAUAAGAGCUGUCAUUGACUUCGUCGACGGAGAGCAUUUCGACGAGGAGGAGGGCGAGGAGCAGACACGCCCAGAGUCUUUUUCCCUUAGCCGGACAAGAGAAGCUAUUUAUUGGGAGCUGCGCGCACGCAUUGACGGUUGA